AUGUCUGUGGACAACAGAAAGAGGUCAGCAGGUUCCUCAAACCCUGGGAACUUUGUUUUCUGGUCUUCCUCAUUCCCGCAUCAACCAGCCAGGGUCCUGAUCGUGGAGGCACUACCACCCUGGUGGUCAGAGACCUGUACAGUGCUCUGUGAUGCUCUAGAUAACUUCCUGUCCUUGGCCUGUAGUCUGGAUGGACCCUGCAGGAUACCACUACUCAGUCUGUAUGCCAUCAGCAGACAGCAGGAAUGUCUACUGCCAUUUGUGCAGGUUCAUGGUAACCUCACCAGGCUGCGUUCCUGUGUCGAGGAGCUGAGGUCUAUUCCAGGUGAAGGUUGUAUCAGAGGAGCAGCCAGAGGAGGCGAACUGCUGCGACAGGCAGUGCUGGACAGUCUGCAGCAGUUUAAACAGUACAUCAGACACACCAGUACUGGCAACCAGGCCAGCAACAACACGUCUGUGGAGGUUACUGUGGUGACCAGCCAGCCAGGCCAGGGCAUUGUGCGCCAGUUGGAGAUGGGGCUCAAAGAUGCUGACCUGGUGUCACUGAAGCGGCUCCUGGUGGUACAUCUCCAUAGUGCAGCAGACUGGGGCCAUGACAACCCCUCACCUGAGGCCAUGCACACUGAGACUGAAGACUGUCUGAUGUUGGGAACAGAGGUCGACCUGCAACAGGUGGAAAACAGUGUGCUUGCCAUGGAAAUGGUGUUGAAGGCGUGGCUUCAAGAGCAGGGAGGAGACAAAGAGCACCUUCACCUCCUGCUUCCCAGCCCUGUGGACAAUCCCAUUCCAGUGUGUGUAAAGUGUGACAUGCAGGAACGUCUGAUAAGCCCUGCACUGGUCCCCCUGAACCCCAAUCUGGGAGUGAAGACAGAAAGCGUCCGGGACUUCCUGCCCAUCAUUAAGGGAUCAGCCAAUCAGAGUCAAGUGCCGCGGAGACUGAAAGCAAUCAGGACUCUGCACGCAGACGGAGUGUGUGAGAGUGUGUUGUACGGCCUGCCGCUGGUGAUCCGCCCCACCACCUGCUGGCAGCUGGACUGGGAUGAAUUGGAGACCAACCACAACUUGUUCCACGCUCUCUGCCACACACUCAGGAGUCGUGACUUGUUCCUGCUGCUGCAGGUGGAGCCCGCACAGAGGUCUGCAGCUGGAGGCUCAGGUGUGUGUUCUCACUAUGUCCUCCAGCCAUCCCCGUCUCUCUCCCUCCUCCUGAAACCUGUGGUCUCCAGAGAGUUGCUGCUGCCCUGCUCGCUGCCUGUCUCAGCUCAGGAAGCUGCACCUGAUGUCAUGCAGACUAUGCAGGCCUGUGUCACACAGCUGGAUGAGGAGUUUGUGUUCAACCCUCUCUCUCUGAGCAGUAACCUCUACCAGCACCUCAGGAGUAGGGGCCUGCUCUCACAGCCACGAUACCCAUACAGGCUGCAGCCAGCAGCAGCCCACAGAGACCAGUCUCAGCCACUAGAGGGCCCUAAAACCACAGGCAGCAGGCAGCCACGGCAGCCACAAAACCAGGGUCGCCAACUGGGAACAAACUGCAAAGUCAGGGCCACUGUGGCUCCCUUCCCCUCUUCCUCUUCCCACUCCUCUUCCUCCCUGGGACCUCCUCCUGCAAAGGCCUCUCGUCCGGCUCUGACGCUCCUUAGCAGCAGCCGUCGGAGCCUGGCCCCCGCUCGGCGGGAGGAAGACGACGACGAUGAUGUCUCCAUGGUAGUUCAGUGA